AUGACCCUCUUCAACCCGACCUCGAUCCUCGUGGGCUUCCUGCUCCUCUACCUCUCGUCCUUUUUCGUCUUCGCGAUCGUCCGCAUUGCCACCGGAAUCUCUAUCCAACGGAUCGGUUACUUUUCGCUCCGACGCAUCGCAUACAUCCCGAGAGAAGGCCUGCAGAUUGAAAUACGUGGACUCGGGUUCUCGUUACACCCCCCGUCCUUCGCGCAGCCAACAUGGAUCAGUAUUCGGUUGACAGAUUUGAAGGUGACAUUGGAUACGGCGACCCUGGCGAAAGGAAAACCCGAGGCCCCUCGAGAUUUUCUAGGACCCUCGAGUCCUGGGAGCCCUAUCCCCGAGAACACAACUCCCGACUCGACCACCAAGCGGAGUAAAACAUGGAGAACAUUGAGUCGACUGAAGGAGCGCCUAAAGCGGCUGCAUCGGCAAAUCAACUGGCUGGCCCUCGUUGAUAUCUCGGCCAUGAACACGGCCGUUCAGUUCGUCGGUGCCGGUCAAAUACAGGUGGGGUCGUUGUCGCUAGCGGUGGACACCCGGAGUAAGAUGGUAGAACGAGGCAAGCUCUUUCGGCGCAAGAAGGACAUGUCUAAGGAACAGCGCCCGGCAGAAUGGAUCAUGAACGUUCAAAAUGUUCUCCUCGCUGUGGAAGGUCGGGAGCCAAUAGAGCUCUUGGACAAUGUCGGUGUGAACCUCCAUGGUCUGCUUUAUAAGGACCUCGAGGGGCUGCGGGAUGCGUCGAUCGCGCUGAAAAUCGGUCGACUACAUAUUCCUUAUGACGACCUCAGCUUACUUCUCCAACGCAUUAGAUCCGCCCAGAAAGCAUCACCCAAGGAACCGAUGCGUGGUGAUACAGAUGACGAGAUCUCCUUUGCUGACUUUGUGGAGGAGCUUGACAAGCCCGGCAGCCGGAAUGAUUCAAUUAUGCAGACGGUGGCCGAUUCAAAGGAGUUUGCAAGUUCUCUUCUGCGUGGAAUCCAGGAGAUUCAGGUUGCUCUGAGUUUCUUCCGGCUCUCACGCAGCCUGGGAUCUCUUUCUGCAGGCCAGAGCCCCGUAUUCCUGAAUGUCGUCUCCCACGAGCUGGGAAUUGAUCUCCACCGAAUGGAUCAAAAUAGCCCAGAGCAUCGCAUGUAUUUCCAGCCAACUGACAUCGCCCAUCAAGCAUUACUUGCUGCCAUUUCCCUUUCCGUCAGCUUGGAUGACAACUCGGGCGAAACCGAUAAUGUUCUCUAUGUUCCGAUGGCUACGACAACCAUCAAAACUACACUACCAUCAAAGACGGUAAACGCCUUCAAUGAGGAGAACCCCGAGGAGCGAAACUCCAAUAUUCUCUUCGCUAACCUGGUCAUCACAUCACCAUCACUCGAUAUGCAACCACAACAUGUGUCUCGACUCUUGAAACUGGCACAAGCGCGAGCCUCUUCUCCUCGAGUCAAAAAGCGGAGUAACCACCAGUUGAUCACCCGCCUACUUCCCAAAGCGACCAUCAAGUUGUCUGUUCAUGAACCCGUUAUCCGAUUCGUCCUUCCUAUCGAAAAGGCCCCGGGCAUUCCGGACGAUUAUAAUCUCCUCAUAUCAUCCAUAUCCUCAAUAUCCAUGGACAUUGAGUCGUCUCAUUCGACCGAGGGUGGUGCCCAUUAUUCUCUUUCGGCAAUAUACCGCGUUGCAUCGCACAAAUUUUACUACCAGACUCCUGCUGGGAAUAAGCACAAUUUGCUUACGACCGAAAGCCUGGAGUUUAAAGCUCACCUUAAUGCAAGCCCGGAGGUAAAAGUCAUUGCCUCGGGAAGUCUGAACGAGUGUUCCGUUCAUAUGAUCAAUGGGGAAGUCAAUCGUGGAAUCCGCGAAGUUCUUGAACAAUUCCGGAUGCAUCUGCAACCGCAGAAGAGGGUUCUAAUGCCGCCAAACGAGCGCAAGACUACCCCACUGAGAAAGAUUCCGCCAUGGCUUCUUCAAUUUACGUUCGAAUCUACAGGUCUCAGCCUGGAAAUCGCUGGGGUGGACAAGCCUGUGUCUGGUAUCUCCCGCGGCGUCUCUUUGCAGCUACAAUCGUGGACAGCAGAAUACAAGGUGCAAGAAACUGAACAUAGUGUUGGCAGCAUCGCUAGGCGGCGUACUUCCAGUCAAUCAAUUGGCGAUGAAUCGCCAUUCCGAUUUACGCCAACAUCACCCCCGAAGAUUGUUCAGCGUGGUCUCUCCGAGCGUAGUGCUACAGAUGGCAGACGACUUGCACUUCAUGCGAGAGGCUUUGACGGGUUCGUGAUCGAGUCAGAUGACUAUCUUGAACCAGAGCCUUUCUUCUCUCUUCCUCGCUUUGAAAUUGCCUUGAGCACGCAUAGCGAUCGACUGGGGCCUGUCCUGCACAUCAACUCAGUGUUCAAAGGAAUUUACCUUCAAUAUUCUCUCUAUCGGUUUUAUUGCGUGGGCGUUGCGAUUUCUGUGAUCCAAGACGUUCUUACAUCUCUACCACGGGACCCCGACUCCAUUCAAAAGAAACAGAGAGGAGCCCCAAGCAUAUCAAUGCCACCACCUCCGUCGUCACCCUCAUCACCAGCAAAAUCAAAGAAUGAGCUAAUCACCAUGGAUGUAAAAGCGACUGUUAUCCAACUCAAGACUAAUCUGCCAGCCGAUCCUCCAAUGAUGCUCCAGAUCUAUGGCCUAUCGGGUGGCUCACAUCGACUCUCUACUCCUCAUGUCAAGGCCAAUCUUGUCCGCCUCCACGCAGAGGCCCCCAAGCUCAAGGGUGUAUGGGCGAGAAUCGGCAGCAUGAAUAAUGUCAGGCUCGAUUUCCGCAAGAUGAAAUUCAAACAAGGCUCAAGUUUGGUAGAAGAGAGGUCAAUUGAUUUAUGGGCCGAUUUCAUUCGAAUUGGUGUCCCGCACCACAUGGUGAUGCAUCGCAUCUUCGAUAACCUUAUCAACACCUCAAAGGCCUUUAAGCAAUUACAUCAUCGCUUCAAGGCCCGCUGCAAGGAAUUCUUCUCUGUUCGGGAGCCCGAGGGACCGAAGAAAGUACCGAGAGUGUCACUUCGAAGCAAAGCUCUCCUCUUUGAGCUUGAAGAUGACGCCUUUGAAUGGAAGCUGAGUUGCAUCUACCGAACUGGUUUGAUUGAACAAGUACAGCGAUGUGCACGUGAAGAAGCGUUCUACUUGAAAGCGCAGAAGGUUAGAGAGUCUGACCAACGGCGUGCUUCGUCAAGGCUACGGACCAGAUCCAGCCAUCGGACCCUGCGCAGCGAACGAACCAGCCAAGACACCCGCAGAAGCAAGAGUGCGGAUACACGAGCCAAGCAAGACGAGCCACCUCGUGGCCGAGCCCGAAAAUAUCGCUAUGAUACCGAGGGUGAAACCUGUUUGACAGCCGAACAGAAGAUAUCUACAGAUGCUGCUUGGAACCGUCUUCAGCAACACAAUGCCCAGGUUUGGAAAGAGAAGAUCGAUGCUGCCAUGAAGUUCCAGGGUACCUCCAUCAAGGAAGUCCGAAACUUGUUCUGUGGCGCAGAUGAACCACCCGACGACGCCAAGGAGACUGAGACCAUUCUUGCAAUUCCCAACAGACCGGGCCUACUGUCUGCUCUAAUCAGUGAUGUGAAUCUGGUGAUCGACAAACCGUCCUUCCCGAUUGAGGAAUACCCUAAAUUUCUCCAUCGUAUUGGUAAGGGCAUGCCCAUGUCCAUGAAGUAUGGCUUGCUUGUGCCCAUGAGCUUCAAUCUGGAAAUGGGUGAAGCACGCGUCAACUUGCGAGACUACCCUCUGGACCUGCUGCAUAUCCCAGCCCUGCGCCCUGGGCAGUCUCCAAGGCUUCCUAGCUGGUCAUUGCGAACAAAUUUUGUCAUCGCUGAAGAGUAUCGUGAUCACGACUCUGCAAGACAAGUUGAAGUGGAGCUUGUUCCCUCUGCUUUGGAGGCGGAUGGCUCCCCUACUGAUCCGUUCCAUAUCAAGGUUUGGCGAUCAGUGACUCCGGUUAAGACUUAUUCCGACCCAGUCAUUGAGAUCAACACCAGCUUGCCUACCAGCAUUUCCUGGGGAGUCUCCUACCAGCCCGUGAUUCAAGAUAUGAUGAAGAUCAUUGAGGGUUUCACCAAACCUGAAAUUGAUCCUUCUGACCGGGUUGGCUUCUGGGAUAAGAUCCGACUUAGCUUCCACUCCCGGAUCAAAGUGCUUUGGAAGGAAGAUGGCGAUGUCCAUUUGCGCCUUAAAGGUUCUCGAGAUCCUUACGUUGUGACAGGAUUUGGAAGUGGCUUUGUUAUGUGCUGGCGAAGGGACGUCAAGUGGGAGCUUCAUUCUAAUGAUGAUCCUAUGGAGUUUAUGAGCGUGACAAGUGGCGAAUAUGUGUUGGCAAUCCCAGAUUACAGCGCCGAAGCUCGAUGGGCAAACGAAAUGACAACGGAAGAAGCGGAUAACAGCUCUCAAUCUAGUGAGCAGAAGAAUGCCGCCUACUUCAAGAAAGUUGUCAUGAAACUUUCUGGUGAUGUGAAAUGGGCUGCUGGAUUGGUGUUUGAGCGUGACAUUGAUGACGAAUCACGAUCGUUCGCAUUCAAACCGCAUUACGAGGUUAUUCUCAAAAACCCUAAGUUCAUCGAUGAAAAGCAGCGCGCCAACUACGAUGCCUAUCGUGGCUUCCGGAGUGAUCAUAUUCACCUGUCUGUAUCGAUCAUUGCACCACAAGGUAGAAAUUGGUCUGUUGAUGGCAUCCAGCCAUCUUCAAGUUACAACACCACUCACCUGUCUCCCCGUUUCUUUACCCACUUUUUCAGCUGGUGGUCGCUUUUCUCUGGUGUCAUGUCUCUCCCUGUUCGCCAGGGUCCCCUCUUCCCGGGUAUCACGAAAACAAGCAAGAAAUUCAACCGUCACCUUUCGACAGUCAAAUACAAGAUUCUGCUUGCCCCGUUGUUUCUAGCCCAUAUCUAUAAGCACAAGGACCGAGAGGAUUAUGGCGAAGAUGCUGUGACCGCCACUGGUCUCAAAGUCCGCCUUGACAGCUUCAAGCUCGAUGUUCAUCAACGUCGCGAACAGAUCAAGACCCAGGCCCGCGGCCGCUCCAAGCAAACCCAGACAAGUGCAAUGCGCAUCAACCAGGCUCUUAUCGAUCUACAAUCAGCCGACUUCCGUGCUGUUUCUGCUAGCAUUGAAGGCACAUCAGCAGAGGACAUUGACAAGAACAGAGAUGACAUUAUAUCAUCCUUCCAGCAACCUGUGGCUUCGGUUGAUCUAUCCCGGUUUACAAUCCCAGAUCACAACCUGGAUUGGAUCGACAUGGACGAUUUUGUGGAACCAGAUUGGAUUCUACCCCAGGAGUCCAAUCCGAAGACACACAUACUCCCGCUUGCAUUCACUCCACGAUUUACUUACUUCCGCCAAACAGAUCACGGUGAUGUUGGGCCAGAAGAGACCGGUUAUAGUACCUUUGGACACGAACCGACUCACGAAUGUGUAAUGUCGGAGACCAAUGACCCUCGCCGUGUCCAGAUCGAACUGAUUAAGGAUCGUCUUGCGACUGUUGAAGCUCAGAUCCGUAACUACGAUCGUACCAUCGGAGAACAAGAACUCAAGUUGAUGAAGGAAGUUGAUCAUGAUCCCGACUUGAAGACUCAGCAUGAAACUUUUCUUCGUCAGGCGGAGUCCCUUUCAAGGCGGCGCAAGUUCCUGACAUCAACGCUAAAUCGACUCGAGAAACUUUUAGCUCGCGAUGAACGCACGCCCAAUCGAAGCAGACUGGGGGUUAACGCAGCACCCAGCGAAGCUUCUUUCCGCACAGGACAGGACGCAGACUCUACUACGGAUGGUCGCGCUUCUGGUAUUGAUGGCAUCUACUCGUCUGCCUCCGAUGAAUUCUCUAGCGACUUCAACAAUCGCUUCAUGAUUCACAACGUGCAAUUGAAAUGGAAUAACUCGCUUCGUAAUAUCAUUCUCCGAUACAGCCACCAAGUGAGCCAGCGCCGAGGGUUCGUUUACUACAUGUCUAGACGGGCCGUCAAGUUCAUUCUCGAUAUCGUGGACGAGCAAAACAAGAACAAGAAAAAGAACUCCAAGAUGUCCAAAGAGCAGGCUCGUAGUGACAACGAGGAUGAAAAUGUCGAGGAGCGGAUCGAACAGCUUCUGAACGACGCCAAGCGCUACGUCAAUGCGGAAGAAAGUGACCCGCCUCAGUCAAAUACCGAGUCACCACAAGAUUCCGAUGAUUCUAGCGAAAACAUUGCGCCCGAGUUCACUCCGCAAAACAGCUACUACCUGCGGCUCAUCGCUCCCCAGAUCCAGCUUUUGAGUGAGAAGAACCAAAAGUCGGUACUGCUGGUGGCUGCCAAAGGAAUGGAACUCAAGGUUGUAUCAAUUAUGGACAAGGAGCGAGUUUCAGACGAUGUUAGCGGCUUGGUUCAACGUCGAUUCUCUCUCGAGAUGGAUGGUGCCCAAUUCUUCGUUGCGACCCAGAAGAAUUUGAUGGCCAACCUGCAAUUGUAUGCGGGUAACAAGUACGGCAAUGCGCCGGGCUCUGCUUGGCCACCUUGGUUGACCCUUGAGGCGAUGUUUGAUUUCGAACUCAAUCCCUUCGGAUUCUCUCGUAUUGUGCAAAAGACAUCGGCUAGCCUCCGAUAUGACAAGUACAACAAUCUUCGGUUGAAGUACAACGAGGAAGUGGCCAAGGGUCAUCAUGGAUCCCAACCCGGUGAAGAGGCUCGUAUGGACCAAAUCAGUGUCGACUUCCCCCACUUCCGUGCUAUUUGCGACUCUGCUGAGUAUUACUCCAUGUACAUUAUUGUCUUGGAUCUUAUGCUUUACAGCGAACCGCUCGAGAAAGUCCGGAAUGAGCGCCUUGAAAGAAUAAUGCUUACGUCCGACUUCAGUGACCUUCGCGGUGCCCCAGAGAUGGUUUUCAAGUUGCAGUCGCGUAUCCGCCAACUGGAAGAGAUCAAAGAUUACUUCCAGAUAAAUGCCAAGUAUCUGGACAAACAGGGAUGGGAAGACCGGUUGGCCUUGGAGCGCGAUCUAUCUCAAUGUGAGGAUGAGUUGUUCUUCAUAAUGAAGGCUAUUACCACCUCUCAACGACGCGCUGAGCCUAGCUCAUCCGUCACGAACGGCGUGCUACGUUGGAGCAUUACUGCCAGUGAAGUUGUCUGGCAUUUGAUGAAUGAGGCAUCUGCACCAUUGGUGGAAUUCCAACUCCAAAACGCUGCAUAUGAACGCACAGACAACACCGACGGCUCCAAUCACAAUCUCGUGGCCAUUGAAAAGCUGAGUGGUUUGAACCUCUUGCCGGAUGCGAUCUAUCCCCAGAUUAUUGCACCUUAUCUUGACCAGCCACGGCCAUUGGAUGAUUACAUGCUUCGAGUCAAGUGGCACAUGUUGGAAGCUGUUGCUGGAAUCCCUGUGGUUGAUAACUUUGAAGUUUCUCUAUUCCCUCUCAAAAUUCAGUUGGAGCGUGAACUUGGUCAAAAGCUUUUUGAUUAUAUCUUCCCCAACAUGGGCUCUGGUGCAUUCGAGAAUGGCGGCUUCUCGCCUUUCAUGAUCAAGAAUAUGAAAACACUCGAUGGAUCGGAUGAUGAGGACGCUGACGACUCCAAUAACCCGUCCCUCGCUCAGUCGAUCAGCGCCGACGAGGAUAGUGUAUUGACAAUGGACGACAUGUCUGCCUCCAAGGGCCCUGCAUCUAUUGAGUUACGCCUUCAACCAACUCUUUCACUUUCCGAGGAGGGCAAAUCCAGUCGACGCCCGAGCCAUCUUGCCAUGACUCCUAUUCAUAGGAGCAAUACUCGGUUGAGCGUGCCCGACUCCUCCCGCCAGACAGGUCGUCCUACGACCAGCGGCGGCUUGUCGAAGAAAAAGUCAACUGAAAGCAUCCGUAUGCUGGCAAAGUCUUCCACCGAUAGAUCGCUGUCCAGUCAAAGCGCCGGCGAGGAAAGGAAGAAAUUCGCCCUCAGUAAGCCAAAGGGCAGCAAGCCUAAGGAACCUACUGAUGACUUGUCCCAAAUGAUUUCUCGAGCUUCGAACUACAUGACUCUUGCACGUGUUAAGGUGCAUGACGUGGUUCUUAACAUGAGCUAUAAGGGCAAGGGCGAGCACAACAUCGAAGAUCUCCACGAUUUCGUGUUCCGCCUUCCGGUUCUGGAGUACGGAAACAAGACAUGGUCGAAUUUAGAUCUUGCCUUGCGCCUCAAGAAGGAUGUCAUCAAGGCCCUCAUCUCGCAUGCUCCCGCAAUUCUUGGAAACAAGUUCUCCCAUCACCGACCUUCCAAACAGCAGCAGAAAAAGUUACGCGAGCUAGCAUCCUCUUCUCAACUGCUUCCUAACUCGGGUAAUCUGAUCAACAACCCUGCGCGAAGCAACCCCGCUAGCCUGACCAGCUAUGACUCCAAUAGCGAAUACUCUGAGUCUCCAUCGCGCAAGUCUAUGCAGUCGAACGCUUCACCGUUAGCGAGAUCCGUGUCCCUGAGCUCUGAUACCCGCGAUAACUAUGAUCCUCCGAUCAGCGACUCGCGGUCUGCUAGUGGGGUGGAUGUGGAUUCUCGUUGGGAGGAAUCUCGCCGCUUUGUCAAUGCACCUGGCAGACCUAGGACUGCCGGUCACACAGUGACCACCGUUGAAGCCUCCCGCUCCGAGCACGACGACAGCCACAAAAAUAACACAAUUCGCAAUCUCAGUCGGAAAUUCACAUUCCGGAAGGGAUAA